GUAUCCCUUGUACUUUUUAGUCUUUAAUAUUGGAAUUUAAGGAGUAAUUAUUCUCUAGUCAGGUAUGCAUUAUGCAUGUAUGUAUGCGGGCUGUAAUAUUGGGUUCAAUAGGUGCGCAAAAAAAAAAAAAAAAAAAUCCCUGUUCAGUAUGCCUGUCUACUCUACUCUGUCUACACUACUAGUACUACUGUAAACUGUGUAAUUUUUUUUAUAAAUUUUUGUCUAUGGAAUUUAAGGAGUAAUUAUUCCCUAGUUAGGUAUGCAUUAUGCAUGUUUGUAUGCGGGCUGUAAUAUUGUGUUCAAAAGGUGCGCAAAAAAAAAAAAAAAAAAAUCCCUGUUCAGUAUGCCUGUCUACUCUACUCUGUCUACACUACUAGUACUACUGUAAACUGUGUAAUUUUUUUUAUAAAUUUUUGUCUGUACUGUACUUUAACUGUAACUUUAAGUGACUGUAAGUUGUAACUUGGUAAAGUUGGUUGAUGUAGUAGUAGUAGUUACCACCAACACUAAUAACUAACAACUACUACUACUAAUUCAUACUGGGACUGGGACUGGCCAACUGGGAUUCUUAGUUAUAGUAUAGUCAGUAUAGUUUUAGACUUUACUUUAGAAAUGUACUGUAGUAUAGUAUGACAAAUCAGUAUGCAAAUUACAAUAACAAUUAUUUCAAGUUACUGUGUGAGAGAUUGAACAGAUCGAGACUUGAGUGAGUCUGACUGAGUGAAACUCCCUUUUACUUACUUACUAAGUACAGUGUCUGCUAAAAUUUAAAUGCUAUUCUACUAUUAUUAACCUUGUUUUUAAACUAAAAAUUUUAGUGUUUGUUUGAGUCAUUAUUGAGACUCGAGCAAUAAAUAGGCUACAUUUCUAAGUUUAUUUAUUAGACAUUGGUGCUCUUUCCUCAGCAGAUCACUAUUAUCAGGGUUGAGAAGACCUUCACUGAAAGUUUCAUCUGACACACCACAAUCAGAUUUUCACAUCAAUCAUUUUUGUUUAGGGUAUUUUUCAUCUAAGCUUCACGGACUAUAAGACGCACUUUUGUCUUCAAAAAAUUGCCUCCAAAAUUCAGGUGCGUCUUAUAAUUAGUGAUGGGACGAUACCAAAAUUUUUAAUGAUUCCGAUACGAUUCUGAUUCUACCCAAUUAUCCCGACUCCCGAUACGAUUCCCGAUACCAUUCCGAUUCCUGGCCAUUAUUACAUAUAUGUAUUACUGUGCCCCGGUAUUAACAUAUUUAAUUAAUAUAAAAGUUGAGAAUUGAUUAGAAAAGUUUAUCAACUUGCUAUUGAAGCUUUACAAUAUGCUAGAUAACAAUAUCUUGGAAAGGUUUUAUACGCGAAACAAACUUUGCGCUGUCACCGGCUUACGGCAGUUAAUCAGUUAAGAAUCGUUUUGGUAUCGGAAUCGGGUCUGAAUUAUUCAACUCCGAUAUCGAUUCCCGAUGCUUUGGAAAAAUCCAGAUAUUUCGAUUAUUCCGAUACGAUUCCGAUUAAUCGUCCCAUUACUACUUAUAAUCAAAAUUAAUAUAAAAAUGGUAAAAAUCUCAUUUUUAAUAAAAAAUUGCUUAAAAAUCAAGGUGGGUCUUAUAGUCAGUAGCAUCUUAUUGUCUGUAAAAUACGGUAGGUAUUUUACGCCUAGAUGUUUAAUAAUUGCUGAAAUUAAAACUUCACUGUUGAUCAAGAUUAUCUAAAGCUGAGUUUAUGGAAAUAAAAACAUAAAAUAAUAAAAUGGAACUAAGUCAAAUGUAAGUGAAAUGGUAUUAGUCUAAAUAUUUAAAAUAUUAAAAAACAAAUUAAUAUCUUGAUUUUUGAAGAUGAUUCAUUUGAUAUAGUCAUUAUUUCAAUAUAGCCAUUAAAAAAAUAUAAUUUCUAUCUGUCCAUAGGAAUGUAACAUCAGUUGUUUAGAACUUUAGAAAUGAAGCUACUAACAUGGAAUAUCAAUGGAAUCCGUGCUGCUAAAGGUAAACCAAGUAUCAAGACUCUCCUAGAUUCCUUAAAUGCUGAUAUAAUAUGUCUUCAAGAAACAAAAGUAACAAGUAAGUUUUGCAUCACAUGUGUUUUUAACUCUUAAUUUGUUGCCUAAAAAUUGCUUAAAAAUAAGAAGAAAAGUCAUAAUUGAAAAUAAUAUAUAAGAUUUAUCAUUAUUUAGCUCAUUUAACAGGAGAGGGGAAAUUGGGAUGACAACUUUUUAAAAUUUAAUUUUGUUAAUCAUAGGGGACAUGUUGGAUGAGCCUACUGCAAUUGUAGAUGGUUACGAGUCUUACUUCAGUUUUUCAAGAAAGCGAUCUGGCUACUCAGGUAAAUUUUCUCUUUUUUUCAUUUGA